UAUGUCAAGUCAAAGCAUCAAUGAAUGACCGAAAUGUCAAACAUGUGUGAAAGGUUAUCGUAUAAAUAAUUAUUGUUUGAUAGUGUACCAUACGAUAUCUUACUAUAAAAUUAGAAUCGUAAACAACAUGCAACAUUACGAAUUUCCUGUUUUCUCUGUGACCAAUAAUAUUUAGUAAUUGUAGAAUAUAACCUACAAUGGUUAGCAUAAACAAAUCUUUUCUUUAUGGAAUAUGUGUUGCUUCUGUAACUUGGAUCAUAUCUUUAUAUUUAUACAUCAGAUUAAUACACAGUGAACCCCAAACGGCACUACUACCACUACCGUCAUCAAAAAGUGUUUACUCUACUUAUAAUUCAAUUGAGCAAAAUGAUAAACCAUCAAAAUACUAUCGUAUCAAAAAGAAAAACGUUAGUAAAGUUAACAGCGACAAGUUAAUUAAAUCACUGCAACCAGGAUUUAAAGAAAAUCGUGGCACUGGUGUUACGGGUGAGCUGAAUGAAUUGGGUUUAGUUAAAACCCUUGAAGACCAAAGGAAAAAAGAGGAUGGUUACAAACGUCAUGCGUACAAUGUUUUAAUAAGUGAUCAGUUGAGUUAUCAUAGAAAAGUCCCUGACACCAGAAAUACACUGUGUAAAAACGUAACAUAUUCUUCAGAUUUACCAACAGCUUCCAUUAUUAUAUGUUUUUAUAAUGAACACUACCAUACACUCUUACGUACAAUACACUCUAUUGUAGACAGAACACCAGAAUCUCUUUUAAAGGAGGUUAUAUUAGUAGAUGAUUAUAGUGAUUUAGAUGACUUACAUGAUGAUGUGUUAGAUUAUCUGAAAAAAAAUUUUGAUGGGAAAGUGCAGUUAUUUAAAACUGAAAAAAGAGAAGGUCUAAUUAGGGCAAGGUUGUUUGGAGCUAGAAGAAGCAAGGGCGAUGUGGUCAUAUUUUUAGACAGUCAUGUUGAAGUGAAUGUUGGUUGGAUUGAACCAUUGUUGCAAAGAAUUAAGCAAAGCUAUAAAAAUGUAGUCAUGCCUGUUAUUGAUAUUAUUAAUGCUGAUACAUUUGCUUACUCUGCAAGCCCUCUAGUAAGGGGAGGUUUUAACUGGGGCUUACAUUUUAAGUGGGAAAACUUACCAAAAGGUACAUUAACAACCAAAGCAGAUUUUGUCAAACCCAUCAAAUCGCCUACAAUGGCGGGGGGAUUAUUUGCAAUGGACAAAAAAUAUUUUUUGGAUUUGGGGGAAUAUGAUGCUGGUAUGAAUAUCUGGGGUGGAGAAAAUUUAGAAAUAUCAUUUAGAAUCUGGAUGUGUGGAGGAAGAUUAGAGUUAAUUCCUUGUAGCAGAGUUGGUCACGUGUUUAGACAAAGACGUCCAUAUGGGUCUCCAGAUGGUGAAGAUACCAUGUUACAUAAUUCUCUCAGAGUAGCAAAUGUGUGGAUGGACUCCUACAAGGAAUAUUUUCUUAAUCAUCGCCCUGAUGCAAAAACCAUUGACUAUGGAGAUAUUUCGUCACGCGUUCAGUUGAGAAAAGAACUGAAAUGUUACGAUUUUGACUGGUAUUUGAAAAAUGUUUAUCCAGAGUUAACAUUACCAACGGAUAAUGAAGAACGCUUAAAAAAGAAAUGGUCAGCCCUAGAAAAUGACAAAUAUCAACCUUGGCAUUCUAGGAAACGGAAUUAUGUUGACCAGUAUCAAAUUAAAUUGGCUAAUACUUCUCUGUGUGUUCAAGCAGCUAAAGAUAUUAAAACAAAAGGUAGUGGUUUGAUGUUAAAGCAUUGUGUUAGAACAAAAAAUCAGUUGUGGUAUGAAACUGAUAAAAAUGAGCUAGUUUUGGGACAAUUGCUUUGCCUACAAGCCAGCAAACCACAUCCCAUUUUAUAUAAAUGUCACGAAAUGGGCGGAGAUCAAGAGUGGAAACAUAAAGGAGAAAAUCGGUCAGCGAUUUAUAACAUAGCAGCUGGUACAUGUUUGGGCGCAAAGAGGCCUAAAUCUGAUGCAGUCGUGACGAUGAAGCUUUGCACAGAUGAGAAUUUAAUUGCUUGGGAUAUUGUUAGAUGAGGGUUUUAUUUUUAUUUUUCUGCUUAAGACUGAUACACGUGAAUACUCCAAGAAUUUCAAUAAUAGAAUUAAAAAUACGUAGCGUUAAAAAUGUUUACAUUUGUUUGUUAACUUAAUUUAUGCAGUGUUUACAUUUAUAGCGCAAUAGUAUUAAAAAGUGUAUGUGAUGUGUUGCAGUCUUAUGAUAUUUAUUAAUAAUACAUUUUAUAGAGAGUUUGCUGUACUAUUUUUCUAUUACAUUAUUUAUGUUGAAGAAAUAAAAGCUCGUUGUUAAUA